CGGAGAAGUUUUGCCUGUCGCCUGGUCUUUGGGACAGCCUUUCACACAUCAUCUCUAUUAAAGGCUCACCAACUUGGAAACUAACUCACCUGCAAUAUCGCCUACCAAAAUAACUCCCCGCGACUUUGUCUACUCUAUUGCCAUCUGACAUGGAAACCCAGCAAAGAUCCGGACACCACUCACUUUGCCACACCUGCCGGACAACGGAGAGCUGCAGUAUGAAGGUCAAGAAGAUGUGCGCGACCAGCCGUGCGCUGCUCUUUGCGCUGACCCUCACGCUCUACGUUGUGGAAAUGGCCUCGGCAGAGACGUUGUGUGGCGGAGAGCUGGUGGAUGCGCUGCAGUUUGUCUGCGAAGACAGAGGCUUCUAUUUCAGUAGGCCAACCAGCAGGGGUAACAACCGGCGGAUCCAGACCCGUGGGAUUGUAGAAGAGUGUUGUUUCCGUAGCUGUGACCUCAACCUGCUGGAGCAAUACUGUGCCAAACCCGCCAAGUCCGAGAGGGACGUUUCGUCCUCCUCUAUACAGGGCACGCCUGUUAUGCCCACAACAAAGCAGGAAACCCCAAGGAAGCCGCAUGUGCCCAUAAAGUAUUCCACCUACGAAACGUGGCAGAAGAAUGCGGCUCAGCGACUCCGGAGGGGCAUCCCUGCCAUCCUGAGGGCCAAAAAGUUUCGGAGGCAGGCGGAGAAGAUGAAAGCUCAGGAGCAGGCCAUCCUCCACCGGCCCCUGAUUAGCCUUCCCAGCAAGCUGCCCGCCGUGUUGCACAGCACAGAUAAUUUUGUCAAUCACAAGUGAGCCCGCUGCCAGCCCUUUGCACAGACAAGAGUAUGAGGGUGACAAAAAAAGACUAGGGGAUUAUAGCUUUGUCUCUGACGUCAUUUCUGUGGCAGUCCUUUUUGACCUCCCCUGCCCUGUCCAGGCGCAACAGUUCCUCCCCCCCUGCUCUUGUCCACUACGUCUUGAACCUCUGGCCCUUUCCUAACACCCUCACCCCCCUACACAUCCCCACUGCCCCUCCAUCUAAACCUCACCCACCCUCCUCUGGCAUACAAACAUGCCUUCUCAUUCUUCCUGUCCUCUUUCGCUCCCCACCUCUUUCAGUCACCAAUACAAAAGGAACAAACACAAGAGUUGAACAGAACUCUAACAAUUCAGCUGAAUGCAAUUCAGGUGGAUCCCCGAGCGAAAAGAGAAAAAAAGGCAAGGGGAGGGAGAAGGAAGAUGAAAGAGAUCUGUGUUUGCAAGUGUCAAGAGGACACCUACCAGAAUGUUUUUUUCCUUUCUUACCCUGGUGGAAGACAACCGAAAGUGAAGAACGACUUGUAUGAAAGAAUCCAUUCCACAUCAUUUUUUAAAUUUUUCCUGAGGCAAAAGAAAACCUCUCUUAGUUCUUUUUUUCUCUAUUAAUUUGCACCUCUACCUAUAAAGGGACUUCCACACUGUAAGGAAUUAUUUUGCAAAAUUAGAUUCCUGUUCCAGCACCUUUUUUGAUCACAAACAAAAAGCAGAAAAGAGUCUGCAGAAUUGCACAUUGCCACGGAUUACGUCAAAGUAAAGAAAAAAAGGCACUAUUUUUUUAUGAACAAUGAACGUGUAGCUUAAAAAAUAAAUGUCAUGGUGCUAGCUUUGGGAAUGGACUCAAAGAAGAGGUUGAAAGCAUGUUUUUGUUUUCCUUUUUUGAAUAAAUAUUAAGCUUUCCGUUUUAAGGAAAGUGGGACUUUAAAAUAAAGAAAGGAAAAUAAAGGAUAUGGGGAAGCUCCUGGCAGUGGCGCUGUCAAAAAGGGGGGAAGAGUCACUGAGGAAAAAUAUGGGCUGUGUUGGCAUCUCUUGGCGAGUUCUAGCGGCUGCUCAUUAUUAGUUUGUCAGCAUAAGCUGCAGGGAGAGGUGACCCGAGACUUGGUCCCUGUUUUCUCCCGUCCCUCUGAGGCUGCCGGACAAGACGGAGCACAACCUCGGACACAAGCGGGACCCUCUAGACUACAGCUGUGGGACAGUACUUCCUGUUUGUCAUGCUUUGACAGACUGCUUCAACAGGAAUUGACAUGGCAUGGACAAAGAACAAAGUGGGAUGAAAAUAAUAAUGAUUAUAUUUUAUUUUGUCUUUUUUUUUCAUAUCAAUGUUUCAUUGAAAAAAUAGGAAAACCCUGUCAGUUUCUGGUACCGUGACAUUCCUGUUUUUCCAAGUUAGGCAUUUUAAAUUUUUUCGGUUUGUUUUCAUGGAUGUUGUUAUUAUGUCAUUUUACAGUUUUAAAAGAAAGGCACAACAUUUCGAUUCAAAGGGAAAAAAACAGCAAUAUUGUCAACUAACAUUUUAGUUUUAUUUUAUAUCAGUAGUAUUCACCUGCUUUUGCCUGAAAACAAAUACUUGAAAAUACCGUAUAUAUAUAUAUAUCUAUGUAUGUAUAAAUGCAAAUAAGGAUAUAUAUAGAUAUAUAUAGAAAUAUAAUUAGUUUCCGGGGAUGUUAUUUUCCUUUUAGUCUGAGCUGUAUCUUGCAUAAUGAGCCGCCAAGCUUUUUUUUUCUUUUUUUCGUUUGUCUGUCGAAAUACAAAUAAGGGCACUGUAUAAAGGCAUUAUUUAUUUUGUUAUAAAAUAUAUUUGAAAGAAAUUGGUCCAAAUAAUAUACGUAGCACUGAUGCUCAACUGACAGAUUUAUUUUGUAUGAUCUCUGUUUUUGCAAUUGGAGUUGUAAGGCUUUUUUGUAGAUGCUUUGUACCAAAAAUAAUGUCAUUUUUUUCUCAUUUUGAAGUAGUUACCGUAAAUUAAAUUUUUUUAACAGCAGCAUAUAGCCUGGAUUGAUUUAGGCGUAACGUUUCACAGAAAUAGGCACAUAUACUCUAAGUAGGAUGGUCGCAUGGAUUUCCAGAUGUGUCGGUGUGGUAAUUUUUUAAUUUUUUUUUCCCAAUUAUUAGUUAAAUAGAUGCUUAAUGUUGAUUGUAAAUCAAACCCACUAUGUUUUUGAAGCCACUUUAGUAUUGAUGACCAGGUGUAAUUAAAUGGGAAAGAUGUCCAAUGA